UGCGGGCGCCCGGCCCUUCUACGCGUGCGCGGGGCCGCCGUCCUCACCGAGCAUGCUCAGACUCCCACGUAGCCUAGCGUGCCUUUACACUGCGCAUGCUCUGUGCCCGCACUUGGCCUCACCCUCACUGCUGCGCAUGCUCAGCCUCCGGGCCCGCUGAGCUGCUCACCCUGACCGGGAUGGCUUGGGUAGCCAGGGAGUGGAGUCUAGGGACGCGCGCCCCUACAGAGCCGUUGAGAUGCCGCUGCGGGCAAGGGCACAUUCAGGGCCUGGCAGCACGCGUGCGAGAGACCGGGGAGCUGGGCGGCACCCCGCACCUGCCGCGGCUGGAACGUGACAGCCUGUCGGCCAGCCCCUCUGCGGACACCUCCUGAGCCCAUGCAGACCCUGCCUGUCCGUCCCCCCUCCCCCGAGAAAGACCCUCCUCGCCCAGGGACAUAGCGCGGAAGACCUUACUGCAGCGCACACGUCCGGGUCUCCCCAUCUCCUAGGCCUGGUUAUUAGAAGCAUCUCGAGUGCCCCUCUAAAGAGACCGCACGGUGUAAUCAAAGAACCGUGCACUGUGCGGCCCCGAGGCCUGGGUACUAGAGAACCACACACUGUAACACUUUGCAGGGGGCCUUAGGUUCUCCUUGAGGUUUCCCGACACGGGGGCGGUGUUGAGGGACACUGAGCAGUCCUCCGAAGCCUGGAAUUUUUGUGUUGGUGCAUGAACUCCAAUUGCCUCUAUGUCUUCGGACAUCUGUGUUACAGCAUAGUCCGGUGAUUGUUCAUCAGCAUGACCCUGAGUCAUGAGUUCCUGGAUUUGUUUCAUGAUCCUCCCACCUUGUUUAAGAGGGCGAAAAAUAGGUUAAUCUAUUUUAGUGUUUCCACCAAAAACCCUCCUCUACGUCUGGUAAUUAAUCAUUACCCUUAAUCAAAUCCCUAAAUAUUGACAUUAAAGGAGAAAUUUGGCUUACUUAAAAAUGGCUCUAAUUCAGCCCAUGCACUUAACAGUACAGCAUUUUAUUUAGUGGAAGUAUAGGGAACAUCGUUCUGCAGAAAUAGAAAUUGUCGAUAAAAGCUCACCCUCAGAAAUUGACGGUAUUAUGUAGUGGGGGAAAUUAGGUAUAGGAACACUAAAAGCAACAAAAGAGUUAACAUAGAGGUCUCCAGACAAGGAGAUAACUUGAGAAGCCAUUUUAGUUGUCCCUGUACUAGAACUAAUUGAGGGCUGGAUUUACAGGUAUCAGAGAUGGGCCAAAGGGCAAUGAAAAGAGAAUAACUUUCUGCCUGAGGACACCUGGCUGGCUUCAUCUCAGCCUAAGGAGGCAAUGUAUGAAGACAAGCAUGUGUGACAGUGUGGAUUACAAGUACCAUGUAGGACAAGUGGGUUCACUGAGAUGUAUUUGUUCAGAAGACAACCAGGGAUUGGAGUCUGAAGAAGUCUGAGCAGAGAUACAGAGGGUAUCAUAGUCCAAUUGUUAGUACAGCUACAAAAUCUCAGAAAACGCAGAGAAAAUGUGCUGUGCUGUGCUUUACAAGGCUCUGAAUAGUUAAAUCCUCAAGUCUAGUGAGCUUUUCCUACACCUGCCAAGCCUUGUGCUAGGAAUUCACAGAUGAAAACAGGGCUUUUAUGGGGGAGCUUGUGGAGGAUCUUCUGAUGGAUCCACGUAUACAAGCUGAUGAAUUGAAAUCACUAUGGGGUAAUUGCAGAGAGAUAAAGUGUUGCUGUUGGCAAAUUGCAAAAGCUUUAUAGUUCCAGUUGAAUCUUUCUAUACAAAGUGGCCAAGUAAAGGAGAGGCAGAAGGUACUUUUAGGUUUCAGAAACUGGAAACGCAGGUUUGUGGGUUACAUGGUAAGGAGUGCCACCCAGAUAUGGUACAGAGGUGAAUUGACAUCAGUCAGAGCAGCCUGUGUGCUAGUCUGUAGUUUGGGUUUUUCUAGGAAAUAAUAAUUUAAAAAACAAACUGUAUUCUAAAACAAGGCAGUAAAGUGGCCAACUUUAUUUAGAGAAAGUAAUCAAAGAGCUUCAUUUCUACUCCUUAAUUUAAUAGAGAGUAGAAAGUAAUCACAUGUUUAUUGUGUAGGAUCCCAAAAUGGGCAUCAUGAGGAAUGUCAAAAGUAAUGUAUUGGACCUUAAAGAGCUUGCAAUCCUGGUGGGACACGAAACCAGCUAGCAUAUGACAGUGAAUAAACACAAUGUAGUGGUAUGCCUGCUCUGUGUGGCAAAGGAAUUGGCAGGAGGCAUUUGCUUUUUUUUUUUCUUUUUGACAAGGGCUUGCAAUGUGCAUUGGCCUUGGACUCAUAAUCCUCCUCCAUCAGCCUCCCAAAUGCUGGCAUUGUAGACGUGUGCCACACACUGUAUUUUGUUACUUGUUCUAAGCUUAAGGACUGUGUUUAUUGGCCUGCUUUAAUUUAGCAUACAGACCUCGUGACCUAAACAGCCCAAACUUAUUUUCUCAUAGUUAGAGAAGCUGGAAAUUGGAGGUAAAGGCCAGGUCUCUCUUGGGGUCUCUACCCCCUUGGCUUAUAGACAGCAUCUUCUUAUGUCCUCAUAGCAUCUUCCUCCAUGUUUGUCUCUGUUCUAAUUCUUUGUUUAAAGAUAAUGUUUUAUUGACUCAAGCACAAUUUAACUUAAUAAGCUGUGUAAAAUUUUCAGCUCCAAAUAUGAUUGCCUUUUGAGGUGCAGAUGUUAGGACUUCAGCAUACAGACUAGGGGUGUUGGCUGAGAAUGUUCAGCCCUAAAGGAUUCCCAAAGGAUUAGAACUUGAGAUGAGCUGGAAAAGGAGUUUGGCACAAUCUAGGAUGGUUCAGGUUGAGUGGUGGAGGAGGUCAGGUGGGUAGAUUGUGUCUCUGGGACAGAAACAGGAAAAAGCAGAGUAGGUAGCUAAAGAAUUUUAAAAGUUGUCUGAAUAUAGAUGUCUAUAGAGGCUUGAAGGCCAUUUAUUAAAGAUUUUGUAUUUUAGCCUGUUUUAACUAGGACAGAGGGAACUAUACCAUUAUUCAGUCUUUUCAUCUUAACGAAACAUUACAUCAAGAUGGUUCCUGAGCUCCCUCUGCACUCCUGAGGACUACACCAGACAUCGCACUUCUCUCUCCAUCAAGAUAUUUAGCACUUUGAAAUCAACUUUUGGGGUUCCCUUAUCUCUAGACACUGGGGCUUUAUGUUUUGAGUACCCAUGUGUUCAGAUACAUUUUUUUUUUUUUUUUUUUGGUUUUUCGAGACAGGGUUUCUCUGUGUAGCUUUGCGCCUUUCCUGGAGCUCACUUGGUAGCCCAGGCUGGCCUCGAACUCACAGAGAUCCGCCUGCCUCUGCCUCCCGAGUCCUGGGAUUAAAGGCGUGCGCCACCAACGCCCGGCGUUCAGAUACAUUUAACCAUGCUUUGUGCAUGGAAAGAGCCAGUGAGCAAACUGAAUUCAUGGAAGAGAUUGUGUGCUGGGACACUAAUGAAAGCCUUGCUUGAGAAAUCUAGCAUAUGAAGGAUGAGCCUGAAAGGCAGAACAGGAGCAGGCAGCAUGUAGAAAUAUGCCAGAAUAAAAACUGGCUAACUGGUUGAAUUUAUUGAAAACAAUACAUGAUUAUUCUAGAGGUUUGAGGAAAAUCUUAAAAAAAAAAAAAAAAAAAAAAAACCUUGGACCACAAAGGACAAAACCAAACCACUUGGAAUGUAUGAGUCAGGCACUAACACAUUGAAUUUUCAGACCAUACUGAGAUCCAUCAGUUCCACUCAGCUGUUGCCUUUGUCUUGUCAUGAACCAUAGUUUAGGGAGAAAGUUUCUAGUUGGCCUGGUUUUGGGUAUGUGCCUAUAACCAUCAGCUUGCACUUGCUAGGCAAGAGUGUUCUUCAAAGCAACACAGAGGGUCACUGCAGAAGGAGCAAUAGCUGCUGGGUGGCCAGAACAGAUCAGCAGAGAAUGCUUGUUUGCAGUCCUGGCUGAGGCUGACAAUCUGCCCUUGAAACAAAUUUGAACUAGAGAGGGAGGCUGAAAUGUGUUGAAGUAGAGUACAGUAACUUGAUACCAUGAAGGAUCCCCUUAGCCAAUCUGGCUUUGAAACCUGAGGCACUUUAGAUAAUUUCUGGAUAGCUGCAAUGUUACCAGGUGAGUGAUGAUAUGAUCAAGUGGAGAGAGAGAGGGCUAAAUCCAGAAGUAAGAGUUUGGAGAUGAGCUGUGCAUAUGGAGUCAGAUGUUGGAUGUUCACCUGUGUCACCAGCAUCCCUAGAGUUCCAGGGUCAUGUUAGGUUUUUGUAAGCACUCUCCAACAUUGCAAAGGGGCAGUGUUUACAGAGCUUAGCCUAAAGUUCGUAAAGGGACAUUUCCCACAGAGCUGUUACUGUGAGUUUUUUGGACUAGUCCCAGAGCCUAGCUCAUUUGUAAUGAUCUUUAGUUAUGGAACCAUUUUCUUAAAUUGAAAUAGGGGAAAUCAUUUUUGAAUUAUCGCCAUCUCCUUCUCACCCUUCCUUUGUAGUAUCUGUUGAGUUUCUGACUGUGUGCUUCCCUUUCUUAUGCAUCUAUCCUCAGAAUACUCUGCUCCAAAAUUGCCUGCCUUCCUAAGCCCCAAAGUCCUCAUUAUGUGUAACAUAAGAACGGAAAUACUUGGGUUUAAUUAAUUUAUAUUAAGAUAUAGAUGUCUCACUUCAGCAUCUAGUGUAUUAAAGGCAUUUGUGUGAUGGGAUGAAGUAAUUUCAUUGAGUCUAGCUGUGAGGGGCUCUAGAGUCCUUUGGGCGAUUUGACUUGAGGCCACGGUAAGCUUUAAAAGAUUUUAAGCCUGGGUCAAUCAGAUAAUAUUCUUGGAAGUUCUGAGCCUUUGGUUUUAACUUCAAUAUCAAGUGAGUCCCAAGCCCUCUCUGAUGUCCCACCAGUCACUCACUCAUCCACCCUCCCACCUCCUGGCCACAUUGAUAGCCUCCUGAUAUGAGUGUUCUUCCAUACUCUGUGCCUUCUUUAUCACAUUGUUGUCUGCCCAGUCACAGGAAUGUGAGGUGCAGGAGAACAGGAAGCCAGCCAGCAAGCUCACCUCCCAUCAUCAGCACCUCUUACGAUGCACAGUGUACAGCGGGCUCCCAAACACUCGGGAGAGGAAGAGAGAAGGAAGAUGUGUACUUGCCAGAUAAACUGCAGGAUGGAGGGACUGCUGCAUUACAUCAAUCCAGCACAUGCCAUCUCUCUGCUCAGCGCCCUCAAUGAGGAGCGCCUCAAGGGACAGCUGUGUGAUGUACUCCUGAUUGUUGGGGACCAGAAGUUCCGAGCUCAUAAGAACGUCUUGGCUGCCAGCAGUGAGUACUUCCAGAGUUUAUUCACGAAUAAGGAGAACGAGGCACAGACUGUCUUUCAGCUGGACUUCUGUGAGCCUGAUGCUUUUGACAACGUUCUGAACUACAUUUACUCUUCUUCCCUUUUUGUGGAGAAGGGCAGCCUUGCUGCUGUGCAGGAGCUGGGGUAUAGCCUUGGUAUCUCCUUCUUGACCAACAUCGUUGCCAAAGCCCCUCAGGCUCCUUUUCCAGCCUGUCCCAACAGGAAAAGAGUACCGGUGGAAGAUGAUGAGACCAGCUCUCAAAAGCGAAGUGUCAUCGUGUGUCAGGGCAGAAGCGAAGUGCCAGGGAAAGCCAGUGGUCCAACCGUGCAGGACCUCAGCCUUGCUGCCCGGUCCUCCCCGAGUGGUGCAGUCAAGACCAGCACCAAUAAGCCACAUGUGGCCAAGCCGCCAGAGCAGCUUCACAGUCUGUCCUUAACUGAAAAGAGUUGGCCGAAGGAUAGUGCUGCGGUAUAUACAAAGUCUCUGGAACAGCCUGGGGCUUUGGAUGAUCCUAACAGGGGCAGUUUGGUUAAGAGAAAUGCAGUCCUACCCUCAAAGCCUUCACAAGACAGGGAGGCCACGGACGAUAAGCCUGGGGUGAGCAGCCAGCUUCCCAAGGGGAAGGCUAUAGAGCUGGCUCUGAAGAGACCACGGCCACCUGUUCUGUCUCUUCGUAGCUCAUCAGAGACUCCAUAUCUCUUAAAAGAAACUAGCAAAGGAGGUGGUCAGGGGGAGGAUAGGAACUUGCUCUACUACUCUAAGCUAGGCCUGGUGGUUCCAUCCAGUGGGCCUGCUUCUGCAAACCAGAGCAUUGACAGAAGUGGCCCAUUAGUGAAAAGCCUCCUCAGGCGGUCACUUUCUAUGGACAGCCAGGUUCCUGUUUACUCCUCCUCUAUAGAUUUGAAGUUAUCCCAGGGAUCAUCCACAGCAGCAAAUGAGGCACCAGGCAGUGUGUUCUGUGCAGUGUCUCAAAAGUCAUCUUUAAAAGAUGGCAGUGAAAAAAAAGCCCUGGAUGACAGGCCUCAAGCUCUCCAGCCUCAUCGCCUCAGGUCCUUUAGUGCUUCUCAGUCAACAGACAGGGAGGGGACCUCCCCUGUGACUGAGGUGCGCAUUAAGACUGAGCCUAGCAGCCCUCUGUCGGACCCUUCAGACAUCAUCCGGGUCACCGUGGGAGAUGCAGCAACGGCUACAAGAGACCUGCCCUUCAAAGCAGAGGAAGACCAGAGGGAUAUUAGCAGACUCCCAGCAAAGAGAAGGUUCCAGGCAGACAGAAGGUCACCCUUGAAGAAAGCAAGGGCAAAUGAGCAUGGGCCUUCUGUCUCAGAAGAGAACUGUGAGGAGGACAGGAACCCUCCUUCCCUUGACAGCAACUUCCCAGAUUCUGAAUUAAACAGAGAGGAGUUUGGUGAGUUGGAGGGGACGAGACCAAACAAAAAAUUUAAAUGCAAACAUUGCCUUAAGAUUUUUAGAUCAACCGCGGGUCUUCACCGCCAUGUUAACAUGUACCAUAACCCAGAGAAGCCUUACACUUGUGACAUCUGUCACAAGAGGUUUCAUACCAACUUCAAAGUGUGGACACACUGUCAGACCCAACACGGCAUAGUGAAGAACCCAUCGCCAGCCUCUAGUUCCCAUGCAGUUUUGGAUGAGAAAUUCCAAAGAAAACUGAUUGACAUAGUGAGAGAGAGGGAGAUUAAGAAGGCCCUGAUCAUUAAGCUGAGGCGCAGCAAGCCUGGCUUCCAGGGACAGAGUAGCUCCCCAGCACAGCAAGUCAUCAAGAGGAACUUGCGCUCCCGAGCCAAAGGGGCCUACAUUUGUGCCUACUGUGGCAAAGCAUACCGUUUUCUCUCUCAGUUUAAGCAGCACAUAAAGAUGCACCCGGGAGAGAGGCCCCUCGGAGUAAGCAGAGCUGCUAAGCCGAAAGAGCGGGCUCUGGCACGCGCGGUAGAGAGCAAGGAGGUUUACCCGUGCCGCCUCUGUAAUGCUAAGCUCUCUUCUCUUCUAGAGCAAGGCAACCACGAGCGCUUGUGCCGGAACGCCACCGUUUGCCCUUACUGCAGCCUCAGGUUCUUCUCCCCCGCGCUGAAGCAGGAGCAUGAGGACAGGUGUGAGUACAAAAAGCUGACCUGCCUGGAGUGUAUGCGCACCUUCAAGUCUUCCUUCAGCAUCUGGCGGCACCAGGUGGAAGUGCACAACCAGAACAACAUGGCUUCAGCAGAGAACAUCUCCUUGCCCACCCUGGACCACAACGGUGAAGUGGCAGCUGCUUCCAGGCCUCAGGCUGAGCCUACCAAGGUAAACCAUGCGGCUGCUCCAAAAGAGGACACAGCGUUUAGUGACUCUUCAGAGCAAGUGAACUUCGAUUCUGAGGAUUCCUCCUGCCUCCCUGAAGACUUGAGUCUUUCAAAGCAACUGAAAGUCCAAGUCAAAGAGGAGCCUGUAGAGGAGGCUGAGGAGGAGGCUCCUGAGGCCAGUGCAGCUCCCAGGGAGGCUGGCCCCAGCAAGGAGGCUGGUCUGUGGCCUUGCGAGAAAUGUGGGAAGAUGUUCACAGCACACAAGCAGCUGGAGAGACACCAGGAGCUGCUGUGUUCCGUGAAGCCCUUCAUCUGCCAUGUGUGCCACAAAGCCUUCCGUACCAACUUCCGGCUUUGGAGUCACUUCCAGUCCCACAUGUCUCAGGCCACAGAGGAGCCUGCACAGAAAGAGGCUGAAGUGUGUCCUGUGCCCACAAACUCCCCAUCACCACCACCUCUGCCACCUCCACCACCCUUGCCCAAGAUCCAGCCCCUGGAGCCCGACAGUCCCACAGGCCUUCCUGAGAACCCAACCCCAGCCACAGAGAAGCUGUUUGCACCCCAGGAGUCAGACACCCUCUUCUACCACGCCCCUCCCCUUUCAGCAAUCACAUUUAAAAGACAAUUCAUGUGCAAGCUCUGCCAUAGGACAUUCAAGACCGCCUUCAGUCUUUGGAGUCAUGAGCAGACACACAAUUAAAUGACUUACCCCUCUCACCUGUCAGAAAACAGCAGGCCCCUGGCUUGUGAACUGUGUCCUAAGACAACAUUUUUUUUUUUUUUUUUUUUAAAUAAAGGUUGGAAAUUGUUGUAUGAAUUUUAGGUUUGGGAUAAAUUGAUAUUGGCUUGGAAUGUCCUUAUAGCUUCAGAAACAAACUCUGAAAUAUUGUGGUUCUGGACCUCAGUCAGCAGGGGUUUGAUUCUGUUACUGUUGAAGUUGGGUUAAUGUUGGUGAAUUGCAUGGUUCCUCAUUCCAAGGUGUCACUAUAAUGACUUGAUUGAGGUUUUUGGUUUUUGUUUUCUGGGUAGUGGGAUACUAGGGUAUUGUUGGGUUUUUGGUUUUGGGUUUCUUAAUUUAUUAUUUCAGACACCUAAGUUUGAGGUAACCCUUAGCCAUGUUUCUAAGGCCAAAAACAUAUGAGGAAGAAAAGGAGUUGUUUGCAGUAUUGAGUCAGAUUUUAGAAUACCUUAGCAAUAAGAAAAGACAAACCCCAACUUUAGUAAAUUAUCCUGACACUUGAUAAGACAAAUAUUUGGUACUUUGUGGUCCUUUGAAACUUUCUUUUUGUAUGAAAAUUGUGAGAAUUUAAAUCAGCAAUAGUCACAAUUAGAUUUUUUUAUGACAAGCUGUCAAUCACUUCAUAUAAUCAGUAAUGGCCAUGCGCUAAGGAGGGCAGAGAAAUGGAAGCAUGUUUGUGAAGUGCUCAACAGUCAGCAGCAACAUUGUGAAAGCCGCUGAACUCUGUGGUAUGCCCUUUGCAUUAUAGCGGCUUUCAGUGGGCACUUUAGAACUGACAGUGCUUUGUCUCCGCCAGCUUGAAACUCGGGUGUCGUUGGGAUAAGCAGUGCUAGCCAGCAUGAAGUUAUUGGUGCAUAGCCUCACCACACCCUGGACCACCACCAUUUCUUCUAGGGGCUUCAGAGGUUGGAGGAAGUGCCACAUUGCAGCUUCCAUGUACUUUCCAAGAACUGUAUGCACAACAUACACAUUUCUGCCUGUCUUUUGUGAGGAUGUCUAUGGGAGUAUUGAAGUGGAUAGUAGUGAAAUUGUCACUCUCUGACAUGCAAACGUGUAUUAAAGCACUGGCAAAGGUCCAAAAUUAGUUUUAACAACUUGAUUUGGUACUUAGGGUUUGGGUUUCUUUUUUUUUUUUUCUUUUUCUGUUCCAUGUAGGUUAUAAUUAAAAGCCUCUCCAUAGGCAAUAUCCACAGUUCACUGUUUUUCAAAAGGCAAAAUUUUGAUUUUACUCCCCCAAGGGAGUAUCAUACCUGGAAAGGAAAUUAGGGGGAGACAAAUUCCCUAUUUACUUUCGCCAAGAGUUCUUUACAUUUUCAAGGUGUGCUCUAGCUGAGACACCACCCAUCUGCUCACCAGCACUCUACUCCCAUGGUAGCAAAGGCAGUCUUUAUAUUAAAACAAACAUUUUUAUAAAAUACUAAUUGACUUUAUAUACUAUGGAAGCUGUAUGUGGAAUUUUGACUUUUAUCCUUUCACUUGAAAAGGCCAUUGAAAAUCCCUAAAUAUGUCUGCAUUUCCUAUUUUGUUCCUUUUCAGAGAAGGGAAAUAAAAUUAGGUUGCAGUUACUGAUUCUUGCCAUCUGCUUUUUUGAACUAUGCAUUUUAGAGAUGAACUAAAAGUGUCCACCUUUUAGUGAAUGAAGCUAGUGCCAGGCUGUGUAGCUGUCCACUGCACUCAUUCCCUAUGGUGAGUGUCUGGUCUCUAAACACCUCAGAGUGUCACUUUUUUUUAAGACCAUCUCCCUGCAUGGUCAUCUCCUGUGUAGCUACAGAGCAAUAAUCUCCAAACCAGGCAUUGCCAGCUCAGUGCUCCAGGACUUGAACCUAUGCUACAUUUUUGAAGAUUUAUAAAAUAACAUUGUUACAAAAAAAAAAGAAAAAAAGUAUUUUUUAUCUAAAUGUAGGGUCUGCAUAUCUGUUAGAGUUUACAAAUUACCAGUGUUUGUCACCUUUUUUGUCUAGGAAUAAAGCAUAAGACUUCAAAUAAAAUUUUGAACCAAAAACAUUUAUAAUGCAGUUGUGGUUUUUCUAUUGCUUUUUUUAUACUGUAUCUUAAAAGAUGUCAGGCUGAAAGAGUUUAUUUUGGUGUCAAAAACUAUCCUUCCACUCAUGUAACUAUUUUAAAUGCUAAGAAACAAAAUAAUGAAAGACAUUAAUCACUGUAUCCAGUAAACAGUUUUUUAGAGAAUGUCUAUUUCAGCUAGCAGGCAGAUGUUUGGUGUAUUAAAUAAAUAGGUCUUUCACCAUUGUAAAUCUUUAGAUAGUAAAGAUAUUCUUGUAAAUGUUUUUCUGAUUGUAAUUAAUUUUUGCAAGUAUAGAAAGCACAUUGUUUCUGUAAUUAUUUAAGAUGCCUGCUUUUUUAUGCAGUUGUGGAAAGAAUGUAAACUGUUUUAAUAUAUUCUUUGUUAACCUAAAAA